GCUUAAUACAUGCAAGUUUUCUUGGCGGUAUUUUUCCUUGGAAAAACCAAGGCGAUUUCAUUGAAUUAGCAAGUCUCCAGACUGAUUGACUGGAGCAGGAGAAGUCACAUCACUGAAUCAAUCAUGCCUCAACUAGAUCAAUUCACUUAUUUCACACAAUUCUUCUGGUCAUGCCUUUUCCUCUUUACUUUCUAUAUUGCCAUAUGCAAUGAUGGAGAUGGAGUACUUGGGAUCAGCAGAAUUCUAAAACUACGGAACCAACUGGUUUCACACCGGGAGAACAAGAUCCAGAGCAACGACCCCAACAGCUUGGAAGAUAUCUUGAGAAAGGGUUUUAGCACCGGUGUAUCCUAUAUGUACUCCAGUUUAUUCGAAGUAUCCCAAUGGUGUAAGGCCGUCGACUUAUUGGGAAAAAGAAGUAAAAUCACUUUCAUCUCUUGUUUCGGAGAAAUAAGUGGCUCACGAGGAAUGGAAAGAAACAUAUUAUAUAUUAUAAAAAAUACCUCAGAGAGCACCAAUCAUCCUGGGUGGGGGAUCACUUGUAGGAAUUACAUAAUGCUAAUCCAUGUUCCACACGGCCAAGGAAGAAUCGGUUUUUAAUCUCAUUAUGACGGGGAUCAAAGAAAAAAAGACUCCUUUCCCCGCCGUUCAUAAAGGUUCUCGAGAUUCUCAAUCGCUCUUUUGAGUGGGGAGUAAUAGUGCGGGAAGGGAGCGGAGACCAAGCCGAGCCACUAGGAGAGUAAGCCUUUUCCACGUGUAAAGUUGAAUAUGAAUAAAUGAAUGCAGCCUCAACCAGAGAGAGCAACCUGCGCCUUUGAGUUUAGGCCGCUGGCGGUAGAACUACCAUAAAGUUUUCCGAAAGAGCAAGAAAACGGAUGCGCUAACGCGCAACGUGCGGAUCGAGCAAAGCGAGAGGUACAAAGUGACUCGACUGAAAAGGAGAGGGCUUGAGACGCUAGCUAAAUCCCUUGCUUGUUCUUUCGCGGUAGGGUGGCCUCUACUAUAAAGCGUUGCCACUUCAUACUUCAUUUUUACUUUACAAAAAUCUUGCUUCAAAUCAAAGAAAGAAGGUCCAUUUUCCCACGUAGUUCGUCGGUCAAACCAACGAUUCUCUUCUAAAAGUAAUAGACAGAUCUUUUUCUAGUUAGACUUCUAUCAAUGCAAUGAAAGAACCAUCCCUUCCUAUUUGUUUGUCCUGUCAGAUAUAAAUAAAAUGAGACCCCAAAGAGCCCUUCUUUACUACUUUAGGGGGUGGGGGUGAAGGGGUGGUUUACAUACAACCGAGGCAAAGUGGUUUAUGAUUGAAUCUCAGAGGCAUUCUUAUCAUUUGGUAGAAUCCAAGUCCAUGGCCUAUUUCGGGUUCACUCGGAGCUUUGGCAACAACCGUAGGAGGUGUGAUGUACAUGCACUCAUUUCAAGGGGGUGCAACACUUCUCAGUUUGGGCCUCCUAUUUAUCCUAUAUACCAUGUUCGUAUGGUGGCGCGAUGUUCUACGCGAAUCCACGUUCGAAGGACAUCAUACCAAAGUCGUACAAUUAGGACCUCGAUAUGGUUUUAUUCUGUUUAUCGUAUCGGAGGUUAUGUUCUUUUUUGCUCUUUUUCGGGCUUCUUCUCAUUCUUCUUUGGCACCUACGGUAGAGAUCGGAGGUAUUUGGCCACCAAAGGGGAUUGCGGUUUUAGACCCCUGGGAGAUCCCUUUUCUUAAUACCCUUAUUCCCCCUUCAUCCGGAGCUGCCGUAACUUGGGCUCAUCAUGCUAUACUCGCGGGGAAGGAAAAACGAGCAGUUUACGCUUUAGUAGCUACCGUUUCACUGGCUCUAGUAUUCACCGGCUUUCAAGGAAUGGAAUAUUAUCAAGCACCCUUCACUAUUUCGGAUAGUAUUUAUGGUUUCUACCUUUUUCUUAGCAACUGGCUUUCAUGGUUUUCAUGUGAUUAUAGGUACUCUUUUCUCGAUCAUAUGUGGUAUUCGCCAAUAUCUUGGUCAUCUGACCAAGGAGCAUCACGUUGGCUUUGAAGCAGCUGCAUGGUACUGGCAUUUUGUAGACGUGGUUCGGUUAUUCCCAUUUGUCUCUAUCUAUUGGUGGGGAGGUAUAUGAAGGAACGAAUCAGUGGAUUGAGGAAUGAAAGCUCGAAGACAAGGAGAACCGGGCUUUUCCAAAGAAUUACUGCAGCUUUCCCACUCCCUUUGAUUAUCAUAUACAUCAAAGUCAAACUAUCUUCCACUUUCCUACCAAUUCUCUCUCUAUUCUGGCACAUAAAUGAAGGGAUCGAAGAGAUUAUGGCGGAUCAUGUUCACCAAGAAAUGACCCGAAAUUUGAUCUUGGUUUAUUUUAGAUUGUUCCUUUUAAUCGUAAUAAAAGAUGUUUUCUUGUCUCUCGUUUCUUUUAUGAAUAAAUCGAAGAACCUAAUGGAUCCAACUCCUACAUUUGAGAGAGUUUCACUAAUCAAGGCGGAAGCGGCAAAUCGCUUAUACCGAAGCUUAGCUUAGUAGCUUCACUC